CAUAGGCAUAGCACACCCUUAAAGGCAAUGACUUAAAAGGGAUGAAGAGUGUGUAAGUGAAAGGGGCUGGCUGCUCUCGCAUUUGUUCCUUGUUAUUACGGGAUUCCAACGAAACCAUAUACCAAGAUAUAUAGAGAGAGAGGGAAAGCCCUAUUCUGCUUCCUACUCAUACCUGCUUCUUGCUUCCUUGCUCGCUCUAAUUGGAACAAAAUUGGGGAAAUUUGCCGCGUACCUAACAUAAAACCCUAGCUUCCGAAGCUAUUUAAUGCCGCUGCAACGAACGGUAUAGAACGGAACACAGAUCGGAAAAGAGAACCCUAAUUUCUGAGGAUUGAGAGACAGACAUGGCUGCGGAGUUAGGGCAACAGACGGUGGAGCUGUCGACCCUGGUUUCCCGAGCUGCCCAAGAUUCAUACAGCAACCUGAAAGAACUGGUUGAGAAAUGCAGGUCCACCGAAUUGACCGAUACAGACAAGAAGAUCAGUAUCCUCAAGUUCCUCAGCAAGACCCAGCAGCGCAUGAUCCGCCUCAAUGUGCUCUCCAAGUGGUGCCAACAGGUUCCUUUGAUAAAGCACUGCCACCAGCUGGCUUCGACUGUUUCAAAUCAUGAUAUGUGUUUUACUCAAGCUGCGGAUUCUUUGUUUUUUAUGCACGAGGGGCUUCAGCAAGCCCGUGCUCCUGUUUAUGAUGUGCCCUCUGCCAUUGACAUUCUCUUAACGGGGAGUUACCAGCGGUUGCCUAAAUGUAUAGAGGAUGUUGGUACUCAGUAUACCUUGAAUGAAGAACAGCAAAAGCCUGCUUUGAAGAAGCUGGACGCGCUUGUGCGGUCGAAAUUGCUAGAAGUUUCUCUUCCGAAGGAAAUUUCCGAGAUAAAAGUUUCCGAUGGUACGGCAUUGAUUAAGGUGGAUGGAGAGUUUAAGGUUUUAGUGACUCUUGGUUACAGGGGACACUUGUCCAUGUGGAGGAUAUUACAUUUGGAGCUGCUUGUUGGUGAGAAGAAUAAACCUAUCAAACUGGAAUUAAUGCGGCGCCAUGUUCUUGGGGAUGAUCUAGAGAGACGAAUGGCGGCAGCAGAAAAUCCAUUUUCAAUAUUGUACUCGGUUCUUCACGAUCUAUGUGUUUCACUUGUUAUGGAUACUGUCAUCAGGCAAGUGCAAGCUCUUCGACAGGGAAGAUGGAAAGAUGCAAUUCGAUAUGAGCUCAUAUCCGACAGUGGAAUGGGUCAUGCGGCAGGUUCCAGUUCCAUGCAGAACCCGGACAGGGAAUCUGAUUCAUCCGGUCCUCGAACUCCUGGUUUAAAAAUCAUAUACUGGCUGGAGUUCAAUAAAAAUGCUGGCAUGUCUGACUCAGGUGCAUGCCCAUUCAUAAAAAUUGAACCUGGGCCAGAUCUUCAGAUAAAGUGCAUACACAGCAAUUUUGUCAUAGAUCCACUAACAGGCAAGGAGGCAGAGUUUUUCUUGGACCAGAGUUGUAUUGAUGUUGAGAGGUUGCUGUUAAGAGCUAUUAGCUGCAACCGGUAUACUCGUCUACUGGAAAUUAAAAGAGAACUGGGAAAAAAUAACCACGUCUGUCGAGCAGCGGAUGAUGUUGUACUCCAGUCUCACUUGGGUGGACCUGAUGUUGAAUAUAAACAUAAGGAUGAUAAAUGCUUCAGCAAGGAUUCUGAAGGGUAUGAGGUGUUGCGUGUGCGUGCCUAUGCCUCAUGUUUUUUUACUCUUGGAGUUAAUAUCAGAAAUGGCCGUUUCCUUCUUCAGUCAUCGCAAAACAUAGUUUCUUCUUCAGCAUUGUUAGAAUGUGAAGAAGCUUUGAAUCAGGGAUCUAUGACUGCAGCUGAUGUAUUUGUAAGCUUGAGAAGCAAAAGUUUAUUGCACUUGUUUGCAUCUAUCGGAAGAGUCUUAGGGCUAGAGGUAUUCGAGCAUGGAUUUAGUACAGUUAAAGUACCCAAAAACAUUUUGAAUGGUUCAGCAAUGCUAAUUAUGGCGUUUCCAGACUGUGGGAGCUCUUAUUUCCUGAUGAUGGAACUUGAUAAGGAUUUUAAACCUUUGUUUAAGCUGUUAGAGACUCAGCCAGAUUCUUCCCGAAAAGAUACUUUAUAUGGUGUCCUUAAUCAGGUGCUGCGGAUCAAAAGAAUUGAUAUAGGACAGCUGCAGGCACUUAAAGAUGAGAUGAAUUUAAGCCUGGUUGACUGGGGAAAAUUAGACUCUCUUUUGCCCAAUGCUGCUUGUCCAAGUCAAGAAUCUGUACGUGAGUUUCUUUCUGAUAUUCGACUUGAGAGUCCCAUGCAGAAUGCAAAAGGUCAUCCUUCAGGUUUUUCAUCACUUGUUGAUGAAGUGUUUGGACUCGAGAAAGGUUCUUCUGCAUAUCCAUUCUCUGUUCAAAAUCUUGGAUCCCUACCUUCACAUUAUGGUUCUGUCCCAAUGAAUCUCCAUAGUCUAAAAGCUGGGACCCCAUCUCCAAAGUGGGAAGGAGGCAUGCAAAUAUCUCAGGUUAACAAUGUAACAAAACCUUCAGGUGUUACAAACCACUAUAGUGAUUCCAUGUUCUCAUCAGGCAGUGUGAAGGGCCCAGUUCAAUCCAAUUCUGUUGGAUCAAUUUCCACAGGACAAGGAAGGAGCACAGCUGGGAAAAUGUUAUUUGUUUCAAAGUCUGAACAGGAUCUGGCUUCUCUUCAAUCUCCGCAUUCAGUUGACAUUGUGUCCUCAACUGCUAUGGAUGAAGAUCAACUUAGAGUACUGAAUGAUUCCUCUAAUGAUGGUUUAGGUGGAAGUCGGUCAUCUCGACUAUUAUCUCCUCCUCUACCAACUAGUUCUCGCAUAUCUUUACCUAAUUCCAAACCUAAUGGACCUCAAGCUGAAUCACUCAAGGCUGCUGGAGCCAAUUCAUGUGCUUCAACUCCCCUAUCCCAGGCAAUGGAAUCCACAGGCAAUGAAGAUGUUAUACCCAAACACGAUAAAAGAUCUCGGAAGAGAACAGCUUCAGAUAUGUUGAAUUUGAUUCCAUCUCUUCAGGGUCUUGAAAACAACUCAGCAAUUUGCAAGAGGAGAAAGAUUUUGGAUUCAUCUGGCUCUCAACUGCCUUUGCCACAAGGGGUUGUACCUACUGAAAUGAUAUCUAGGGCUGAAGGAUACAGCUAUGGAAAUUUGAUUGCAGAAGCAAAUAAAGGGAAUGCCCCAUCUAGCAUUUAUAUAGCAGCCCUGCUUCAUGUGGUCCGGCACUGUUCACUUUGCAUUAAGCAUGCUAGGCUGACGAGCCAAAUGGAUUCAUUAGAUAUCUCAUACGUCGAAGAAGUGGGUUUAAGAAGUGCAUCCUCUAAUAUUUGGUUCCGAUUUCCAUUUGCCAGAGGUGAUUCAUGGCAACAUAUAUGCUUGCGACUUGGCAGACCUGGUUGCAUGCAUUGGGAUGUUAAAAUAAAUGAUCAGCACUUCAGGGAUUUAUGGGAGCUUCAGAAAGGGAGCUGUGCUACACCAUGGGGCUCAGGUGUUCGAAUCGCCAAUACGGCUGACAUUGAUUCACACAUACAUUAUGAUCCAGAUGGUGUUGUUUUGAGCUAUCAGUCAGUUGAGGUAGAUAGUAUAAAGAAACUAGUGGCUGAUAUACAAAGGCUUGCUAAUGCAAGAACUUUUGCCCUUGGCAUGCGGCAAUUGCUUGGGGUAAGAGCUGAUGAGAAGUCAGAAGAGACAAGUUCUGAUGCCAAAGUAUCGGGUACAAAGUUUGCUUCAGACACUGCGGAGAAAGUUACAGAACAUAUGAGAAAAGCAUUCAAGAUUGAGGCAGUUGGACUGAUGAGCUUGUGGUUUAGCUUCGGUUCAGCUGUCCUUGCUCGUUUUGUUGUUGAGUGGGAAUCUGGUAAAGAGGGUUGCACAAUGCAUGUAUCUCCAGACCAACUUUGGCCCCAUACUAAGCUUCUAGAAGAUUUCAUAAAUGGAGCUGAAGUUUCAUCGCUUUUGGAUUGCAUUCGGCUGACUGCGGGUCCCUUGCAUGAUCUGGCUGCUGCAACCAGGCCAGUUCGAGCUUGUCCUGCAACCAGGCCAGUUCUAUCUUCCAUACCUAAACACACUGGUUAUAUACAACCACAAGGACUUCUUGGUAGCUCAACUUCAAACGUUGGCCAGCCUACCUCUGGUCCUGGGGGAAACACUGCCAUGUCUGCUCCUGGUGGUCUUACCAAUCAAACCCUAUCCAUGUUAGCUGCAGCUGGGCGAGGUGGGCCGGGCAUUGUUCCAAGUUCACUUUUACCUAUCGACGUCUUUGAUGUGGUCCGCGGUCAACAGGAAACAGUUUGCUGUUGACAUGGGUUGAUUUGCCGGUGAUCAACACCGCCUAAAGUAUUGUGCCAAUAAACUAUUAAAAUAGCUUAAUUAAAAACUUAGGCUAGAAGACCUUAGGUUCGGUUGGAAUGAUUAAGCAUGUUGAAUAAUUAGUGCUUGUGAUGAUGAUUGUUGAUAUGAAUUGAAUAUAUGUUGGUGAUCAUAGUUAUAGUGGAAAUAUAAUGCUAUAUGGUGUAUUGAUGAGUGGUUGACAAGUUGGUGAUAUUGAUCAUGUAUAUAUGAAUGUUAAUAACAUUGUUGGUUAAGGUGAGACAUUUAAGUGUGAAUGUGCGUAAGAUUAAAGUA